AGAAAACCAAGUCAACGUAAGUACAUCAAGAGAAAACCAAACCAACGUAAAAAUAUCAAGAGAAAACCAAGUCAAUGUAAAUACAUCAAGAGAAAACCAAGCCAAAGUAGGUACAACAAGAGAAAACCAAACCAACGUAGAUACAACAAGAGAAACCCAAAUUCAAGCCAAUGUAGAUACAACAAGAGAAAACCAAACCAACGUAGAUACAACAAGAGGAAACCAAGCCAAUGUAGAUACAAGAUAAAACCAAGACAAUAUAGAUACAACAAGAGAAACCCAAGCCAAUGUAGAUACAACAGGAGAAAACCAAGCCAAUGUAGAUACAACAAGAGAAAACCAAAUUGA